AUGAACGUUCUAGCUCAUGCCUCUUACCGAAUUUUGCAAUUGGUUGUAUUCCUUCUCCAACAGAUGGUUUCGGUCCUCCAGUGGGCGGAACUUGCUUCUCAAAUCCCCGAUCGUGCCUUCCAUCUUUGCAAUCUGGGCCAAUCGAUGCUUGAGUUCGUCAGCACCUCUUGCCUCAGCAAUUCUUCUCAUCUCAUCAGCCUUCUGGUGAUAAUAGGUUGUAACUCUGUUACGAAUGAGUUUAUGGGAAGCCUCGUAUUCUAGUUUGAUGUCUCUGAUCGCAUUUGCAAUGUCGGUUUCGAAGAAAGUUUUUGCAUCGAAUGAAGAUUCAGCAAGGAGGUUGUUGAUCUCAUGGACCUCUCGUUCUUGAACCUUCAUAAGGAAUUCCUUCUCGGCAUUCAAACGCUCCUCUCUUGCUUGGUACUCAGCCAGUUCGAGUCUCACUCGAUCGAUUUCCUCCCAGAUUCUCUCGUACUCAUGAUAGAGAGCGGCGUUCUGUGCUGAUAGCUGAGCACGUUCAUCAGCUAAGCGACCGUUCUCUCUCAACUGAAGUUCCAGAUCGGCCUCGGCCUUUGUUAUUUGUGAACGCAACUCGGCACAUCUUGCACGAUCUCCCUGCUCAGCCAGCCGAAUGAAGUCUAUCCUUUUUUGGAACAGAUCGAUUCUCUCAUUGAUUCGUUUUGCCGCGAUAGCCUGCUUUGCAGAACCCUUUAUGGCUGCUAUCGACUCAUCUCUAUUUACCAAUAA